GCACAUUGUCACCUCUCACAACCAUUCAGAGGCUGGAGUGAAGUUACAAAGUUGCAAAUGAAGACUGGAAGGCACUCAGUGUGGUUUCUUGCGGACGGCCAAGUUCCCAUCUGCCAUGCAUAAAAGGUCCAAGGGAAUAGCCUCUGGUUCUUUUGUUACUUAGGCGUGGAAAGUUGGGGUUUUCCUUUCAAUUUAGUUCUAGGAAGUCACGUGAAACAGCCAUAGGUUCCCUGCCUCCAGACCCUAUUCUCCUGCCUCAUUACUGCAGUCUUCUCUGCCCGCCUCUUUUAGCGACUAACAUGAGGAUCCGUAUUCUAAUAUCCCUCACCAGUCCUUCCCCUCCGUCAUUUAGCGAACCGCUCACUGGGCAGUGGAACUUUGGGGAGAGUCCCAGGAGGCCCCUCUUUGUCCAGGGGCUAUUUUUUUUCUCUUCCAGCCUCCAUCUUCUAACUCAAGGGGUACAGCUCAGUCAGAUUAUGUUUGGCGCCCCCGGACAGUGACAAACCCAGGGCCGGUGGAUAGAGGAGGCAUCUCACUAUGCUGCACGAGGCCACCUCGCAGUAGGCAGCGCAAGCCUGCCCAAAAACCCAAGAGCCUAACCAGGAAGACAGCGGGAGGCCGCGGGCUUCAUCUCCCAGGAGAUGGACUACACCUCCCAGCAGGCUCUGCGCGCAGGCUGAGGAUCCCUCCGCUCUUUUUUUUUGUCCCGCCGGCUCGGCCCCCGGCGACCAGCCAAGGGCUAAGGCCAGGUAUUUCAGAAUCUGAGGUCCGUAUUCUUAUCACAUUUCCGGGGAGGGACGGCUAGGAGCUCCGGAGGAAAAACGGACUUUUUUUUAGUAGAAAAGCGGAGGCAGACGGUGGAUGACGAGGCACGCCCGCAACUGCAAGUUUUCGCGCGCUUUGGCGCAGGUGGUUGUGGGUAGCGCGCCUGGGCGGGAGAAAGAAGUCGGGGGCCCCGGCGCGCCGCCCGCGGGGCCUGAAGGGAUGUUCGAGGACGAGUCCCACGCUGAUGGGGUGGCGGUGGUCGCCGCAGCCGGGGAGGCGCUACAGGCCCUGUGCCAGGAGCUGAACCUGGACGAGGGGAGCGCGGCCGAAGCCCUGGACGACUUUACUGCCAUCCGAGGCAACUACAGCCUAGAGGGAGAAGUUACACACUGGUUGGCAUGUUCAUUAUACGUUGCAUGCCGCAAAAGCAUUAUUCCCACGGUUGGAAAGGGUAUCAUGGAAGGCAACUGUGUUUCACUUACCAGAGUACUACGUUCAGCUAAAUUAAGGCUGGAGUGCAGUGUCAUGAUCUCGGCUCACUUGAAAAGGUCAUUUGCACCUUCUACCCCUCUGACAGGACGCAGAUAUUUACGCGAAAAAGCAGCAGUCAUUACUCCCGUUGCAUCAGCCACCCAAAGGUGUCAGCCGGUGCCAUAGAGUAUUGUGGUUGGUCAAAAUGUACCAAGUGACCAACUUACAAAUAUUUUUGAAUCUGUGUGCAAUCCUCUAUGGAAAACAUUGAUGAAAAUACUAAAAGGAAUGGGGAGAGAUUUCUGCACACUAUACUCAAGGACAGAUGAACAGCCAGGAUCUCUGCAGACUUGCUGUGUAAACAGACUAAAGCUGGCAGAAAUUUUAUUAUAAAUAGAGACCAUUUUGUUCAGGAAACACGAAGACUUCUGCGGAAUGGACAUGUCAGUUCUUUUAGAGCAAGAUAUAUUUGAUCAUUCCUUGAUGGCUUGUUGUUUGAAAUUGUGCUUUUGGGUUCAUAGCCCACCUCGUGACUUUCCUUUGACGAUUGUUCCCAACUGCAGCCAAGCAUUUUAUAAGGUGAGAUGAAAACAAAUUAUUGAGGUGGUGAUCCGCCCAGAAGAGUGGGGUUCGAGGACAUGGUGAAACACCUGAACAGGCAUUGAAGAACAGAUUUUUGGAGAGUUUAGUGCAUGGAGUCAUGAUUCUGCACUGUGGGAGGUCAGGUUUCCUGCAAACAAAGUUCCUACCUGUCAGGAGGUUAUAUUCCCAAAUAACUUUGAAACAGUGAAUGGAGUAAAUUGCACAGGACAUUCUCCCAUGAUGCCAAUGUCUCCUCUAAUGCACCCAAGGGUCAAGGUUCGAACUGACAGUGGGAGUCUUCGAAGAGAUAUGCAACCAUUGUCUCCAAUUUCUGUCCAUGAACGCUACAGUUCUCCUACCGCAGGGAGUGCUAAGAGAAGACUCUUUGGAGAGGAUUCCCCAAAGGAAAUGCUUAUGGGCAAGAUCAUAACAGAAGGAACAAAAUUGAAAAUCGCUCCUUCUUCAAGCAUUACUGCUGAAAAUAUAUCAAUUUUACCUGGUCAAACUCUUCUAACAAUGGCCACAGCCCCAUUAACAGGAACAACAGGACAUAAAGUUAUAAUUCCAUCACAUGGUGUUGCAAAUGAUGCUGCAGAGAUCACACUACCUAUUUCCAUGAAUACAAAUCAAGAGUCCAAAGUCAAGAGUCCUGUAUCACUUACUGCUCAUUCAUUAAUUGGUCCUUCUCCAAAACAGACCAGUCUGACUAAAGCACAAGAGGUACAUUCAACUGGAAUAAGCAGGCCAAAGAGAACUGGGUCCUUAGCACUCUUUUACAGAAAGGUCUAUCAUUUGGCAAGUGUACGUACGGAUCUAUGUCUAAAACUGGAUGUUUCAAAUGAGUUACGACGGAAGAUAUGGACGUGUUUUGAAUUCACUUUAGUUCACUGCCCUGAUCUAAUGAAAGACAGGCAUUUGGAUCAACUCCUCCUUUGUGCCUUUUAUAUCAUGGCAAAGGUAACAAAAGAAGAAAGAACUUUUCAAGAAAUUAUGAAAAGUUACAGGAAUCAGCCCCAAGCUAAUAGUCACGUAUAUAGAAGUGUUCUGCUGAAAAGUAUUCCAAGAGAAUUUGUGGCAUAUAAUAAAAAUAUAAAUGAUGACUUUGAAAUGAUAGAUUGUGACUUGGAAGAUGCUACAAAAACACCUGACUGUUCCAGUGGACCAGUGAAAGAGGAAAGAGGUGAUCUUAUAAAAUUUUACAAUACAAUAUAUGUAGGAAGAGUGAAGUCAUUUGCACUGAAAUACGACUUGUCAAAUCAGGACCAUGUGAUGGAUGCUCCACCACUCUCUCCUUUUCCACAUAUUAAACAACAACCAGGCUCACCACGCCGCAUUUCCCAACAGCACUCCAUUUAUAUUUCCCCACACAAGAAUGGGUCAGGCCUUACACCAAGAAGCGCUCUGCUGUACAAGUUCAGUGGCAGCCCUUCUAAGAGUUUGAAAGAGAUCAACAACAUGAUAAGGCAAGGUGAGCAGAGAACCAAGAAGCGAGUAAUAGCCAUCGAUAGUGAUGCAGAAUCCCCUGCCAAACGCGUCUGUCAAGAAAAUGAUGAUGUUUUACUGAAACGACUACAGGAUGUUGUCAGUGAAAGAGCAAAUCAUUAAUGUUCUUGUUUCUAUGAUAAAAGCACUUUCAGAUUGUUCUGCAGAAAGUUGGAGCUCUGUCCUUCAAACCUUUUAGCCCUAUGGAUGGUAAAUAUUGCUGGAUUAUAAGAAAAAAAUUGCACAAAAAUGUGCUUUUUAAAAUAUUUAUCCAAAAUGUAGUUGACAGAGAUGUAUUUUGAGUUGGACUGGAAAGGAAUAUUUUAAGUGCCUUUUAAAAAUACUAAUAGUCCGGCUAGAUGCAGUGGCUUACGCCUGUAAUCCCAGGACUUUGGGAGGCCAAGGCGGGCAGAUCACCCGAGGUCAGGAGUUUGAGACUAGCCUGACCCAACAUGGAGAAACCCCAUCUCUACUAAAAAUACAAAAUUAGCCAGGUGUAGUGGCACAUGCCUGUAAUCCCAGCUACUUGGGAGGCUGAGGCAGAAUUGCUUGAACCCAGGAAGCGGAGGUUGUGGUGAGCCUAGGUUGCGCCACUGCACUUCAGCCUGGGCAACAAGAGUAAAACUCCAUCUCAAAAAUAUGUAUAUAUUAAUAGGGAUUUUUUUUUUUUUAAUGUUUGCUCCUUGAGUUAGUUUUCAAGUUGAAUUUAGGAGAAACCCCAUAACUUUUUAGCUCUCUUUUAAAAAUAAAUGUCUCCUCCUCCUGUGUUUUGUAAUAUGAGGAUAAAUAAUCAACUUUUGGUAAGCAUGCUUUGAGAUAUGUAUUCUCAAUUUAAUAUUGAAGGAAGGGGUUGGUUCCCAUAGUACCUGGCCAGAGGGUUAUGUACCAGCCUGUCUCUGGCCCCCUGUGGUAAUUCCACAUCCAGGUGCCACCACCAUUUAGGGUUGUCUCCUUCUCGUGCCUUUUCUCUCCUUGAGCUUUAUAAACAGAUUUGUACCUGAGCCCCAAUGCUACACUCAUCCUUGCUUUCCAGCCCUAAGCCAUCUCAGCCUGAUGUCACAACCCAAUAAAUGGGCACUUUCUUCUUUUGUAAACUAUUAUCAUUUUGGUUUCUGUGACAUUAACUUAAUUAUAUAUGAUCAUACUAACUCAUGUAGUUCUCAAAAUAGGCAGCUGCUUCUCAAGCCAGUAGAAUAAAAUUCAGUUAGUUAUUAAAAACUAAAUUCCUGUUAGUAAGGUAACACCAUGAUUAUGUGUGUUAUAUUAUUUUUGAGAUCAUAGUAUCAGUCAUUCUCAAUAUCUAAUUGAGUCCCUAAGAAUAUUUUAAACCUUUUAAAAACCACAUAAAUAUCAUCUUAUGCCUCAUAAUUCCAGUAUAUUUAAUACAUCAGUAAAAUAGCUGCUUAUUACUUCCCCCGCUUUGUUCUCAGUAUUUUUAGUAUAUCAUGAGUUUCCUGCUAGUGUACCACUGGGUACUCCUGAAGAUGUUUUUCCGUACUAGGGAUGCUUUUCAGUAUUAGGGAUGCUUUUUUCAGUGCUAGGGAUGCUUUUCAGUACUAGGGAUGCUUUCCAGAAUAUCACCUCUUUUCCAUUUACUUUUUCUAGUAUGUGUCUGGAAUCCAGAGAACGUGAAAAAGCCACUUAUAAUUAAUUUUGAGAAGUUUUAUCAAAUGUUUAUGUUUCUAACUGCAAACGUUAAUUUUGGAAAGGCACAAUGUUUAACUCACCUAUGUUUAACCAUGGCUAAUUUAAAAUAGUCAGAUUUGGCUGUCACUAAUUAGUAUUCUCAAGAAUUUCAUUUUUCAAUUUUAAGAAGAAAAGGGAUUUUGGUCACAUUUUGCUUGUAAAUGAAAAUUACAUCCUCAUUCUUUGUGUAGUAUCUACACAUUGUUAUAAGCCAAAAAACAAAGUCUGUCUUGAAUCCUUGUACAUAUUUGUAUGUUGCUAUAAUUGUUAUUUUUAUCUUCAUUGUUGUGCAAAAUAUAAAUGAGCAUUUG